AACAGACAGACAGACAAACAGAGUUGAUAUAACAAAUCUAUAACCAACUGAGUGAUUCAGUUGUAUUGAAGAACCGAGUUUCUAAAACGUUCAAAAAGUGUAACAUGGAACGCACUUUGAUUCACACACUGACUUGAGACUUAAACUUGUCCGUGACGGAGUGCAGUCAUAGGAAAAAGCCAUUUCGCACUUUUUGUUUUCAAGGAACUAUGUCUAACUAUUGAUACUUUGGUACACAUUGUUUCAGAGUAGGACCUAUAUACUAACCUUACAUAAUCUUAUGUAACAUUCACUAUUCACUACUGGCCUUUCAAGAACUCAAUUGUUAGUUGGGCUUAACCUGCAUGUUAGGUUUGCAAGUUUUAGUGAUCUACUCAAGCUUUGAAGACUGUUUAAGCAAACCUAGCAGAAUUAACAUCCAAACAAGAGAAUACAUUUAGUUCAUCGUUUCAAAUGACGAUACAGACACUCCAUAAGUAGAGGAUUUAUUAAAAUUUCAGGUCACCUUAAAGUAUGCAGAAGGUGAAUCUCAGCACAUUUGAAGAGUUUUGUGGAGGACCAUUCUUUAACUUGAGCACGUUAUGGUACAAUGAGUGGCCACAGUUCACAUCAUGCUUCAUGUCCACUGUCUUGGUGUGGCUACCGUGUGGCUACGUGUGGCUACUCCUGCCUUACUUCAUGUGUGACGUGAACAACAAACUCAGCACAAACAACUUAGAUUUGUUAUUUACCAAUGAAAAUCAUCCCACAGCCACUGCGAACGGCGGACUAUCUAAUGUGAGCCACAAGAAGUUAUCUGCUCCAGUCUCUGUACUGUGUAUGGUCAAAAUGAUAUCCACAGCUUUAAUGGCAGUACUCUCUCUCAUCCAUUUCGUUAUUGAUGUUCGAAAUGAACGUCCCGCUUCAAUGAUUCUUGCCUCUGCCAUUUUUACCGCUACCUACGUUCUGAUAGCCAUUGAACUGAGGUACGAGAGACACAAGAACCGUAACCCCACAUUUGUGUCCUUUUACUUCUAUACCCUGAACAGUUUCUUCGGCAUUAUACCAAUAUACACCUGGAUACUUGCGGAAGAUGGUGGUCAAAGUGUCCCAGAGUUCAGUUUAGUUGUCCUUGUGGAAGUCCUGAAUGUCCUCUGUUUUGUUUUGUCCUUUUUGCCAGACAGUGUUCUAAAGACUUAUCAGAAAGUAAUCGCCAAGCAGAAACUUUGUCCAGAAGUUCAAGCCUCGUACCCCUCCCAGCUCUUCUUUCAUUGGAUGCUCGGGUUGAUGAUAACUGGGUUCAAACGUGAGAUAAAAAUCGAUGACGUGUUCGAUCUGAACCCUAGAGACCAGGGGCGGCGCCUGAAUCCUUUGUUUGACAUCUAUUGGGACAAGGAAGUGAAAAAAGCUGAAGCCUUUAACAAAUCUUACUUCCCAGAGAAACUGAGGAGAACAAGUUACGACCUUGCUAGUGGCCACGGCAAGUCACAACGGCUCUCUUUAGUGAGUUAUGAUGGCACCAAUGAAAAGACAACUCUGCUGUUUGCUGAUGAGUCGAAAAUUGGAACAGAGCUACCUAGCAGGGAAAAGAAACCAAAAAUUCCAAGUCUGACAAAGGUCUUGCUGCAAAUGAUAUGGAAGAAUAUCGUGGCGGCCAUGCUGCAGAAGGUCGUAGCGGACAUAACUCUGUUCGCCUCGCCUGUCUUACUGGGUCUUCUGAUCGAGCAACUCCAGAGUCCCAUCAAAGAAUUCAUUUGGAAAGCGUAUGUCAUCAGUUUAGGAAUGUUUAUAUGUGGAGUGAUCAAGUCCAUUCUCUUCGCUCAGGCCAUGCAAAGAAGUAUUCUCAUUGGCCUACACGCCAAAACUAUUUUGAUCUCUGCCAUUUACAAGAAGGCAUUGACUAUAUCAAAUUCAGCAAAGAAAGGCUCCACUGUUGGUGAAAUUGUAAACUUGAUGUCAGUCGAUUGCCAGAGGAUUCAGGAAAUACUGACUAUGUUUUUCUUCAUGUGGACGACUCCUUUACAAAUUUUAUUAUCAGUAAUUCUGCUGUAUUUGACAAUAGGUCCUUCAGUCUUGGUUGGUGUGGGCUUGCUGAUACUUCUAGUACCUGUCAACACUUGGAUUGGAAGUAAACAGAAGUUGAUCCAGGAAUCGAUGUUGGCCAUCAAAGACAGUCGAAUAAAACUAGUCAACGAAAUCCUUAACGGAAUGAAGGUUCUCAAGUUAUAUGCAUGGGAGACUCAGUUUAAGAACAAAGUAGAGGCCAUACGGAACAAAGAAGUGGUUCAGUUGUAUAAAAUUGCCUUGCUGUAUGUCCUGUCUGGUCUGUGCUGGGGUGUGGCCCCUUACGUGGUUGGUAUGCUGACGUUUGCUACGUAUGUAUUAAGUGACAGAACCAAUGUUCUGGACCCGCAGAAGGCAUUCGUGUCACUGGCACUCUUCAACUUGCUGAGAGUACCUUUAAAUUAUGUCUCAACCAUCAUCAUUUAUACUGUGCAGAUAUUUGUAUCUAUCAAACGUAUUAAUAAAUUUUUAACCAGACCUGACCUUGAUGAAACCAACACUACAUGGGAUCCCAAUGCAUUGAAUGCUGUUGUGAUCAGGUCUGGACGAUUCACUUGGGACAGAGAGUACGGCAUAACUCUGAAAAACAUCAACUUAACGAUCACGCCUGGUCAGUUAACCGCAAUAGUCGGCCCUGUAGGUGCUGGCAAAUCUUCACUUAUCUUCGCGAUUCUGGGCGAAAUGGAAAAACUCAAAGGAGAGGUUAUCGUGAAGGGGUCCCCAGCCUACGUCUCCCAGCAGGCCUGGAUCCAAAACGCCACAGUCCGAGACAACAUUCUGUUUGGGAAGAAGUACAACAAACGGAGAUACGAUCUGGUGGUGAAAGCCUGCGAGUUAGAGCGAGACUUUCAGAUUCUGGAGGCUGGAGAUCAAACAGAGAUUGGUGAGAAGGGCAUAAACUUGAGUGGUGGUCAGAAACAAAGGAUCAACUUGGCCAGAGCCGUGUACAGUGACUCAGACCUUUAUCUCUUUGACGACCCACUCAGUGCAGUGGACGCUCACGUUGGUAAAGCCAUAUUUAAAAAUAUCAUGAGCCAGAAAGGACUACUAGCUAAAAAAACACGUGUCCUGGUGACCCAUGGUGUCCACUGGCUGCCCCAGGUCAACAAGAUAGUUGUCAUGUCUAAAGGCACCAUCUCAGAACAGGGCACCUACGAGCAGCUGCUGUCCCACAACGGCGCUUUUGCUCAGUUCCUGGAGAUGUAUCUGGCUGACACGAAGUGCCCGGAUGAAAGUGACAAUGAUAUUGAACUAAAUGGUGUGAAGAAAGCCAUGAAAUCUGUGGUAGACAGAAUCACGUCAGACAAAUCAGGAGAUGAAAUGAACUAUUUUACAGACGAUGAUAGACCCAACAAGCGUCUAAACAGACAACGGUCCAGUACUUCAAUAAGUCAACCAAUCCACAUUCACGAAUCCAUUGAUUUGUCCUCGACCUUGGCCGGCAUUGAGAAGAGUGUACAUCCGGUUGGCGGGAAACUGAUUCUGGAGGAAAAGCUGGAGACCGGAAAGGUGAAAAGAGAAGUCUAUAUGGACUACGGCCGUGCGGCUGGACUCUGGGCAAUGGCUGGAGCAUUCUUAGCCUAUGCAGCCAAUCAAGGAUUUUUUGUUUGGUCAAGUUUCUUUUUGACGGGCUGGACCCAAGACGCACUUCUGCUGAACGAGUCUACACGCAUUACGCAGGAAGGGAAGGAGCGCACUGAUUAUUACAUCUUGGUGUAUUCUCUAUUCUUUGGAUCAACUCAAGUUAUUGCCUUUUAUGUAUUCAACUAUCUCUUCUGGUACCGUUUGGUCCGAGCUGCUGACCGACUCCACCAUCUGCUACUGGACCGGCUAUUCCAUGCUCCAAUGUCUUUCUUUGACCAGACGCCCAUGGGUCGAAUUCUGAACAGGUUCUCUAAAGACGUGGACACAGUGGACAAUACACUCCCUUUGAUCCUUCGUGACUUUCUCAUGACGUUCUCCAUCAUCGCCAUCACCAUCAUAGUCAUACUGAUCGAGACUCCGUUGUUUGCUGCGGUCCUAGUGCCCCUAGUCAUUCUCUUUCUUCUCAUCCAGAACUAUUACGUGCAGACUUCACGCCAGCUGAAGCGCAUGGAGUCCAUUUCAAGGUCACCCAUCUACGCUUACUUCAGCGAGACCAUCUCAGGGGCGCCUGUCAUCAGGGCGUACCGAGCCAUGGAAAGGUUUAAAGCCGAGUCUGAGAGAAGGGUGGACAAAAAUCAAGUCUUUUACUUCACCAGCUGGUCCGCCAUCAGGUGGAAUCAGCUCAACAUGGACACACUGGCCAACUUAGUGGUCCUCUUUUCCGCCAUCCUCCAGAUUGUUGCGGGCGGUGAGGGGAGUGACGCGGGUCUCUCAGUCUCGUACGCCUUACAAGUUGCUGGUGCGUUGCCCUACAUGGUGAGACAAAUUUCAGAAUUUGAAACGAACAUUGUGUCAGUGGAGAGAAUGAAAGAAUAUUUUCAAGUGGAGCAAGAGGCCGCACUUAUCAACCCCAAAAAUCGACCUAGCCCAGAAUGGCCCAGUAAGGGCAAUGUGACUUUUGUCAACUACCAGACCAGAUACAGGCCUGGUUUAGAUCUGGUACUUAAGGGUGUUAACUGUCAGAUCAUAGGAGGUGAGAAGAUUGGAAUAGUUGGACGAACAGGCGCCGGAAAGUCGUCCUUGACACUGUGUUUAUUCCGCAUCAUUGAAGCGGUGAGUGGGUCUAUCUUUGUAGAUGAAGUGAACAUUGCGGACAUAGGUCUUCAUGAUCUCCGGAGCAAACUGACCAUCUUACCCCAGGACCCUGUCCUCUUCUCCGGAAGUUUACGUAUGAACGUUGAUCCGUUCGAGCAGUACAGUGACGAUCAGAUGUGGACGGCUCUGGCCAGGUCUCACUUGAAAGACUUUGUCUCCAGCCAACCUGAAGGGCUUCUGUACGAGUGUGGAGAGGAAGGGUCUAACUUGAGCAUUGGACAGCGUCAGCUGGUUUGUCUGGCUAGGUCACUUCUCCGUAAAACUAAAAUUCUCAUCUUGGAUGAAGCCACUGCUGCCAUUGAUAUGGAGACAGACGCCCUGAUACAGACAACAAUAAGAGACGCUUUCAAAGACUGCACAAUCAUCGCCAUAGCUCACAGGCUGAACACCAUCAUGGACUAUGACAGAGUUAUCGUCCUUGAUGCUGGUGUCAUUAAAGAGUUUGCAUCUCCCAGAGACCUCAUAGAAGCUGGGGGUAUUUUCUACAGCAUGUGUAGAGAUUCAGGCCUGGUAUGAAUCAGAGUCAAGAACUUUUGCCAACUUACAGACCAGUGAAGGCGACUUCAUUAUACUUCUUCGUUCUUCUAACAGCCUGCUGUUCAUCUACUCUGACUACAUUAGGGACUCCGACAUUGCCCCACUGCUUUUCCAUUUGGUCUCACCCCAAAUAUAUUUUUUUCCAGAACUAAUAAUUUCUUCAUGGGUCUCUUUUGUGUCAAGUAUGUUCUUCCUUUUAUGGUUUCUGGAACCUGGUAGAUGUUUAACAAGGGUUGUCUGGUCAAAGAUUGAUUCAUUGUUUCAUCAAAGUCUUCUCUUCUCCAUUUGUAGCAUUGGCAAUCUUCAUGUCUUUUUUGUUGUCUUGUCACGUUGUUGUCUUGUCACGUUGUCGUCUUGUCACGUUGUUGUCUUGUCACGUUGCCGUCUUGUUACGUUGUUGUCUUGUCACGUUGUCGUCUUGUCACGUUGUUGUCUUGUCACGUUGUUGUCUUGUCACGUUGUCGUCUUGUCACGUUGUUGUCUUGUCACGUUGUUGUCUUGACACGUUGUUGUCUUGACACGUUGUUGUCUUGUCACGUUGUUGUCUCGUCACGUUGUUGUCUCGUCACGUUGUUGUCAAUUAUUGCUUCAAUUCAUAAAAUCUUUUAUGAUCAAACUCUUUUUCUCUUUCUGUUUGUGUUCUUCUCUUUUUCUCUUUCUUUCUUAUUGUUCAAUUUUCUUUUACUGUCAGUCUCUCUAUCUCUUUUUUCUUCUUUUGUCACGUUCCAUUCCUUUUAGUAUUUCUUCUUUUUCAUUCUCUCAUUCUCUCUCUCUCUUUUCUUUAACCAUGUAACGGCAUCAUUCUUUCUCUUGCUUCUAUAUUAGUCUCUCUCUUUCUCUCUUUCCUUCUCUCUCUCUCUCUCUCUCUCUCUCUCUCUCUCUCUCACUCUCUCUCUUUCUUUUUUUUUUCAUUUUUCAUGCGACAAGUGCAGAUCAUAAAGAAUAAAUAAAUGUCCUGAAAUAUACGUUACAAUAAAUUGAAUUUCGUUGA